UCCUGUCUUUUGCUCUCUGUGAAUCAUGGCCAUCUUCUUCUACUCAACCUCCUUCUUUCUUGGAGCUCUGCAAUUCUUGAUCUUUACUGCAAUUCUUCUCUUCAAAGUUGAUUCACUUUCCUUUACCUUCCCCAACUUCCAACAAAACAAUCCCAACUUGUUCUUUGAAGGCGAUAGCUUCAUCAGCAAUGGCGUUAUUCAACUCACGAAGAACCAAGCCGAUGGCCCGCUUACUGAGAGCUCCGGUCGAGCUUCCUAUACACAGCCGGUGCGUCUAUGGGAUGCCUCCACAGGACAGGUUACAGAUUUCACCACCCAUUUCUCCUUCAGAAUCAACACACUUAAUGAAUCUUUAUUUGGCGAUGGAAUCGCCUUCUUCAUCGUCCCUUACGAGGCCACAAUACCCACUAACUCAACAGGGGGAUUUCUUGGAUUAUUCAGCUCGUCUUCUGCUUUCGAUCCCUCUAAAAAUCAAGUUUUUGGCGUUGAAUUUGACAGCAAACAGGAUAAUUGGGACCCAAGUGACAAUCAUAUAGGAAUCAAUAUCAAUUCCAUUCAAUCUGCUACUCAUCUCGUGUGGAACACAAGCAUGAAAGACAACAGAACAGCCAAUGCAUGGAUAACUUACAAUUCCGCCACUAAAAACCUGUCUGUGUUUCUAACUUACAUUAAAGAUCCAAUUUUUACAGGAAAUUUCAGCAUCUCAACUUUUAUUGACUUGAAAACCUUGUUGCCUGAAAGGGUCAGAAUUGGUUUCUCCGCUGCCACAGGUAAAUGGUUCCAAAUUCAUAACAUGAUUUCUUGGUCAUUCAACUCCACAUUGGACGAUGAUAAGAACAAGAACAAGAACGUUGGCUUGGCAAUUGGCCUAGGUGUCGGGCUUGGCUUUUUGAUAUGUGGGUUGAGCUUGUUGGGGGCUGUUUGGUGGAGCAAACACUCAAGUGGGCAAAUGGAAGACAUGGAUGAUUCUAUAAAUGAUGAGUUUGAGCGAGGAACAGGCCCAAAAAGGUUCACUUAUAGGGAAUUAACUCAAGCGACAAAGAAUUUUGAUGAGGCCGGCAAGCUUGGAGAAGGAGGGUUUGGAGGUGUCUACAAGGGUUUGUUGACAGAAUCCAAUAUAGAAAUAGCGGUGAAGAGGGUAUCAAGAGGCUCAAAACAGGGGAAAAAAGAGUAUAUUUCUGAAGUGAAGAUCAUUAGUCGUUUGAGACAUAGGAAUCUUGUUCAAUUAUUUGGUUGGUGUCAUGAAAAAGGUGAGUUUCUAUUGGUUUAUGAGUUCAUGCCUAAUGGUAGCUUGGAUACUCAUCUCUUUAGAGGUAAAACCAUGCUAAGUUGGUCAAUUAGGAACAAAAUUGCAUUAGGAUUGGCUUCUGCUCUGCUUUAUCUUCAUGAAGAAUGGGAACAAUGUGUGGUGCAUAGAGAUAUCAAGUCGAGCAAUGUAAUGUUGGACUCGAGUUUCAAUGCCAAGCUCGGCGAUUUCGGCCUUGCGAGGUUUGUCGACCAUGAGCUUGGCUCACAGACAACGGUUCUGGCUGGGACAAUGGGAUAUCUUGCACCUGAAUGUGUGACGGAUGGUAAGGCUAGUAAGGAAUCAGAUGUUUAUAGCUUUGGUGUGGUGGCUCUUGAGAUUGCGUGUGGGCGGCGGCCCGUGGAGUCGAGGGCGGGACCGGAUCAGGUGAGGCUUGUAGAGUGGGUGUGGGAGAUGUAUGGCAGAGGACAAGGCUUGGAAACUGUAGACAAGAGGCUGGGAAUGGAGUUUGAUGAGCAGCAAAUGGAGGCUUUGAUAGUUGUGGGAUUAUGGUGUUGCCAUCCUGACUUCAAGUUCCGGCCCUCCAUAAGACAGGUGAUUAAUGUUCUAAACUUUGAAGCUCCAUUGCCUGCAUUGCCCUCCAAGUUGCCCGUGCCGAUGUACUUUGCACCGCCAAUGACUUUGUGUAAGUUCUCGUAUACAUCGACGGGAACGUCCGUGGAUAGAAGUAAGUGUUCGUGUAGUAACUGUUCGGCUUACACUACGCAAUCUUCAGGAUCAGGUGUGUCACUUUUGAAACUACCAAAACCAGAAUAA